AUGCGACUCCGUAGCCUGGCGGCCCUGGCCGCCUUAGCCUGCGGGAUGCGGCCGAAGGAACCCAGCCUCAUGGAAGUCAGCAGACAGGAGCGUUUCGACCGGCUCUACAGGCAGUACUUCAAGCACUACGAGAAGGGCCAGGCCAGAAGCAUGCCAGGGCUGCGGCACCACGAGAUCCCUCUGCAGUUUGAGUUCGAGCUUCCCAAGAGGAUGUACAGCCUGAGCAUGACGCCUGCGCUGCUGCUCAUGCGCGGGGGCAUCUCGCCAUCCAGUGCCUUGCAAGCCGGGGGUCUGGGAGCCGCGUUUCACAGCGGCUCCCCGUGGUGGUACAUCGAGGUGGAUGGCCUCGGAAGCAAACACCACCAGGUGAUCCAGGGCCUGCCUGAGGCCAACAGUGUAGUGGUUCGACCUGAGACUGUGCUCCACACGAACUUCGCAAAGGAUUUGGUGAACUACUUCGAGAUGGUUCACGUGCCGCAUGCGGUUCACAAGACGUCUUUUCAGUACACCGUGGGCGUGCGUCCUUCCCGGCUCAAGGCACUGCUGAAUGCUGCGACGCCACGGACUGCCCGGAAGCAUGUCGAAGAGUUCUGCAGGGGACAGUGCAGCAGAAGCUAUGAGGGCGUGCUGCUUCUGAGCUCCAUGGUGCUACGACAGGCUAGCAGCUGCAGCUCCUGUGGCUUUCCAAAACGCUGCCAGUCCCCCUGGCUGCUGCGCACCCACUUCGGAGACCUCGUGCAGAGUCUGCCCGAACACGACCGGGCCAACCUCACUGAGGAUGUCUUGCAUGUUUGGGGCGGGGCUCCGGACAAGCCACUGUAUCCCCAGGGAAUCAUGGAUUACCUGCACUUCCCGGAGAUGGCAGAGCUUGGAGGAAUGGUGCAAGGGCGCCGCAACUCUGCCAACGUCAGCCGGGAGAUUCCUGUAGAUGAGGACGGCUUGCUGCAGCUUGCCGGCGACAUGCUUGACCAGAAGCAGCGAGCUCGUAUCGAUGAUCGCUUGCGAGGCCGUGCCUGCGCCGUCAAUGGCGAGCCGCCGUCGGAAGGCGGCACUUGGCGCGCCCCAAGCGCGCGUCAGUGGCUGGAAGCCGCUUCUCUGGGCCAGGACCUGAUGUCUGACCACGACUCGCCAGCUUCGCAGGCGAGCCUCAGCCGCACGCUGUGGCGGUCUAUGGGGCAGUGGCGUCUGUCUGCAGAAGAGCCAAGGAUCUUCCUGGAGUGCCGCGCUCCGAGCAGUUGCCUGGGCAAAACCGACGCCAAGUGGCAUCGGCUCAGCUACGAAGGCAUGCUUCUGGAAACUGCCCGUGCCGUCCACCGCCUGGAGCAUGCUUAG